UUGAGAGAGAGAGAGAGAGCGAGAAGGAAGGCAACCAAAUAUUGGGCACGACUUCAUCACUCUUCUUUCACUUCAGAUCUGUUUUACAUUUAUUUUAGGCUCCCAGUUCAUUCUUGAGUUCAUUCCGGAGAGUUUAGCGUCAAACCCAAAUAGAGAAAGACGCCAUUUUGGCCCUGAAUUGGACUUGCAUUCACAGCUGAGUCAACCCGGUGUCACUGUCUGGUGCAAUUUCUUGCUUUCUUUCUCUGUUUCUGAAUCAGUUCUACUGAUUUUCGAACUGGGUUUUUGGAAAUUUGGGUGUAUGGGUGGUCAUUGACAGGAAUGGUGGAUUUCCGGCGACGUUCGCCGGAGCUCCUGUGAUCAGAGCUGGGCUCCGGCGAGGUCUGGCAUUUUCAGCUGAGAAUAUGUGUUUUUGAUGCUGAAAAAAGGGAAAAAUGUUUAAGUCGGCGCGAUGGAGGAGCGAUAAGAACAAGAUCAAAGCUGAAUUUAAGUUGCAGUUCCAUGCAACUCAGGUGUCACAGAUAGGAGGGGAUGGACUAACGAUAUCUGUGGUACCUGCCGACGUUGGGAAACCCACUGUGAAAUUAGAGAAGGCAACAUUUCGAGAUGGAAGCUGUUUUUGGGAUACUCCAUUUAUUGAAACUGUGAAAUUUGUUCGAGAGCCAAAAACAGGGAAGAUCCAUGAGCGAAUCUAUCACUUUCUCAUCGGAACAGCAUCUCUAAAAGCUGGAGUUGUUGGGGAGGCUUCCCUUGACCUUUCUUGUUAUGCAUUGGCAACAAAAAUUUCCUCUGUCUCUCUGCCCCUCAAGAACUCAAAAUCAGCGAUUGUAUUACAUGUUUCAAUUCAGAGGAUGCUUGAUUCAGUUGAUCACAGAGAGAUUGAAGAAAGUGAAAAUCUGAAACAGAAUUCCCAAGAUAGGAGCUUAAAGGCAAAGUUGAGCAAUGGAGAUAUGGAGGGAGGGAUCAAAAAACAUACUAACGAUGAAACAACACUCAAUGUGAAAACAAACCACAGUGCUGAAUUGAAUGGAAACUGUAGGGCAUCUAGCGGAUCUGAUGUUACAACUUCAAGUUCAGAUAGCAGUUUGGGACUCAAUACUCAAAUUCAAAUCAGACCAACCUCUGAUGUUUCUGAACAGAUCAAUGAAGAGUGCCAGAAAUCAUGGGAAUGGCUAGGAGGUUUGGUUCUUGAAGAAAGUACAGAUGACUCAUCAGGCACUCCUAGAGAAGCCCUUCUAAGAGAGAUUUCUCAGGAGGCCCCUGAUAUUGUUGUUGAAAAGCUUACAUCUGAGCUUUCAGCUUUGGCUAGACAGGCAAAGAUGUCUGAGUUGGAACUGCAAACUCUGCGCAAACAGAUUGUGAAAGAGAGCAGAAGGGGACAAGAGCUUUCAAGAGAUAUUAGUAAGUUGAAAGAGGAAAGAGAAUCUUUCAGAGAAGAAUGCGAAAAGCUUAAGGCUUUCCAGAGCCGUUUAGAGGAGGCAAAAUCGAGAAACAAGAUGCAAUUUGAAGGCGGUGAUCCCUAUGCUUUUAUUGAGGAACUUCGGCAAGAACUGAAUUAUGAGAAGGACCUCAACAAUAAUCUUAGAAUCCAACUUCAGAAAACGCAAGAGUCAAACUCUGAAUUGAUUCUUGCUGUCCGUGACCUGGAUGAGAUGUUGGAACAGAAAAAUAAAGAGACAUCACGUCUUCCCAACAAAUCAGCUGCACUUGAUAGUGCCAAAAUGUUACAAGAAGCAACCUAUGGGCGUGAAAUAGAUGAUGAUGAUGAAGAGCAAAGAGCAUUAGAGGAGCUUGUUAAGGAGCACACUGGUUCCAGGGAAGCACACAUGCUGGAGCAAAAAAUUGUGGACCUGCAGAGUGAAAUAGAUAUCUGUCGGAGGGAAAAAGAGGAGAUAGAGAUGCAGAUGGAGCAGCUUGCCCUCGACUAUGAGAUCUUGAAACAGGAAAACCAUGACAUCUCCUACAAACUUGAGCAGAGCCAGCUGCAGGAACAACUCAAGAUGCAGUAUGAAUGUACAUCGUCUUAUGCCAGUGUAAAUGAGCUAGAAGCCCAAAUUGAGAGCUUGGAGAAUGAACUUAACAAGACGUCACAAGAUUUCUCAGAUGCAUUAAACACCAUAAGUGAACUUGAAGGACAGGUCAAGACCUUGGAGAAUGAACUUAAAGAGCAAUCACAUGAACAUUCAGAUACAUUCAUCAGCAUAAGUGAACUCGAAGCACAGGUCAAGACCUUGGUGAAUGAACUUAAGGAGCAGUCAGAUGCACAUGCAGAUGCAUUGGUCACCAUAAGUGAACUUCAAGGUCAGGUUAUGAGCUUGGAGAAUGAAAUUAAGGGGCAGUCAACGGAACACUCAGAUGCACUGAACAGUGUAAGUGAACUUGAAGACCAGUUGAAGAACCUGGAGGAAGAACUGGAAAAACAAGCACAAGUCUAUGAAGCUGAUAUGGAAGCUCUUACUAGUGCCAAAGUGGAGCAAGAGCAGAGAGCAAUAAGAGCUGAGGAAAGUCUUAGAAAGAUGCGAUGGCAAAAUGCAAGUACAGCAGAGCGGCUUCAGGAAGAAUUCAGAAAGCUCUCUGUGCAAAUGGCAUCUACAUUUGAGGCGAAUGAAAACCUGGCUGCCAAGGCACUGACUGAAGCCAAUGAGCUCCGUCUACAGAAAAGCCAUCUUGAAGAAAAACUCCAUAACGGUUCUGAGGAGCUCCAACUGGUCAGCCACCAUUAUGAAGCAAGAUUGCAUGAGCUCUCUAAUAAAGUGAUUUCCAUGUCCAAUCACAUGGAAGAGUUGCAGUCAGAGAUUCAAGAUAAAUCUGUCCAACUUGAGGAUCAAGUAAAGAGUGCAGAAGAAAUUCAGCUGCAUCUCAUGCAGGAAAUUCAGAUGCUUAAAUCUGAAAUCAGUACGCUUGCAAUGGAAAAUAAAAACCUUUCGGACCAAGCAGAAGAAAGAGAAUCUCUUAGGUUCGAAAUAGAAAACAUGAGGAGGUCAUGUAAGGAACUGGAAUUGCUAUUACUGCAAGCUAACAAUGAAAGGGCUGAACUUGAAAGCAAGGUUGCUUUGGCAAAGGAUAAAGAAGAGCUGUCACUGAAGGAAUUGCAUAGCAUGAGAUAUUUGAAGGAUGAAAAGGAAUCAACAACCAAAAAUCUUCAGAUAGAGGUUGACAAUUUCAAACUUCAAUGUGAAGAACUGAAGCAAACUUUGUCAGAGGAUGCAUUGGAGAAAGAGAAAUUGAAGAAGCAAGUGCUUCAAUUAAAAGGUGACUUGAAGAGGAAAGAAGAUGCAUUCAACAGCAUGGAGAAGAAGAUUAAGGAUAGCAAUGGUCGAGUAACAGCUUCUGAUGGAACAAAGGCAACUUCAAAAAAUAACAAAUUUCAAAAUGCCUCUCGCACCCCUAAAGAGGUUGCAAGUCUGAAGGAAAAAGUAAAAUUGCUAGAGGGUCAAAUAAAACUGAGGGAAACUGCUCUUGAGAAAUCAACUAGUUCAUUUUUGGAGAAAGAGAAAGAUCUUCAGAAUAAAAUUGAAGAGCUAGAACAAAGACUGGAAGUUCUCAAUCAUAAUACAACAAGCUUUUGCCAAGAAAAUUGCUACAAGAUUUCUGAAGCUCCAAAGGAUCUCACUCUAGAUUCUAGACUUGCAGAAGAAGUGAUGGAUGCUACAGGAAGACAGAGCACCGACGCUUGCAUUCCUGAGGAAAAUAGUGCCCCAUCCUCAAGAAAGAGCAGUCAUGACGACUUGACACAGAAUGAUGUGAAAUCCUGUGCAUCUGAUUCUAGAGUCGAAGAAUUGUUAAGUGAAUUGACAUCAUUGAAGGAGAGGAACAGCAUGAUGGAAGUCGAACUUAAAGAGAUGCAAGAGAGAUACUCAGAAAUCAGCCUCAAGUUUGCAGAGGUGGAGGGUGAAAGACAACAGCUUGUAAUGAGAGUACGUAACCUCAAGAGUGCUAAAAGGAAUCCUUGAGUGAAACUGGAGAUUGGACGUUGCAUCAAAGAUUGUAGGUUUGAUAACAUAGAGUUCAAAAAAUGAAAUAAAACAAAAUAAAUGAGAUCGAAAUUUGUAAAUUUUUAACAUAUUAAUGUCUUUUUGUCUUGCAUAUAAUAUUUGGCUUUGAAGACUGAAUAUACCAAAUUAUGAGGUAGUUUUGCCAUAGGUUAAAUGUGUUUUUAACCAUUUUUUUUUAAUGUAAUAUAAACAAGUUGUUGA